AUGAUUUCUAUGACUAUAAAUAGUCGCUUCUUCGUCUCAUCCCUCUUAACUUCUCUAUCCUUCGUCGACUACCUUUCCUUAUCCUUCUCUUAUUUCUCUCUCGUCAACCAGGGUCCUCCGCACAGGAUUGGCCCACUGGUGGGCUCCGAUACAGCCCAUUCUUCCCCCCUCAGUGCCCGACCAAGUCAGGCACAGCGCGAGGUCAGCGCGCUCAAUGCAAAACUGACCGAUGCCGAAGCGACAAUCUAUCGGCAAGAGAUGGAGCUGGACCGGGCCAAGUCCCAGGCCUCGGCCCUCCAAUCUCAAAUAAAAACCAAGCGAGCCACCACUCGCUUCGUCGAACAAGACAAGAUGGACCAGAUGGUCCGUCAAUCGACUACCAACCGGGCGCGCGAUAUCGAUGGCCAAUUCAAGGCCAUUGAGAGCAGAUUAGACCAGGUCUAUGGGGACCUGGAGCGCGCGUAUUGA